UGUCAGCAAAACCGGAAGUAGCCGUUCGUACAGGAACCACAGCAGGACAUGUCUUUUUAAUUCAGCUAUAUCAGAAAUAUCAUUUUCGUUUCGACAUUUCCCUGCAAACGUUUUAUGACAAGUUGAUUUAUAGAAGCUAACGAUGCUGUCGGAGGACGACGUGACGAGCAAUAGCGUUUCUUUCCACAGUAGACUGGCUUCUGUUAUGGCCACGGUGGCUAAAACUGCUGUGGCGGAGAUCGGCAAACUGUACGACGACGGGUUGGUCGUUCUGCGUUUGGAGGUGAGCCGAAAAGAUUCAGAAAUAGAAGCGCUGAAGAAAAAACUUGAAACGGUAGAAAACGAACUGAGGUCUGUGAGAGAGCCCCAGCGUUCAGUGACCCCGACGCUCCCUCCCUGUUCUGGAAAGAGACAAGGUCAAGGAGAAUGCAUGGAGACCAAUCAGCAACUUGUUUUGAAACAUCAAACAUCUGAUGCUGGCUUGUGCGACAGAAGAACAGAGGUUCAAGCAGGGAAUAGUCUUUGUGCAUCUUCUGAAGGAAUUAACCUGCAGUCCACCCUCAUUAAUAACAAAGACACAGAUUCACAUACCACAAUUCCACCUCCUGUGGAGGAUCUUAACAAGGCAGCGUUCAGGGAUGAAGAGUUUGGUGGACUGGAGCUGCAAAUGAAGAUGGAAGAGUCUUGUAUUCUAGACCAAAGCAAUGCAGAAUCAGGCUCAGAGUGUGUUGAGAUUGAGGAAAGAGAAACACAAACAUGGUCUUCCGUUGCUGUUGUGAACGACAUGGAUAAUACAAAAGAUGCAGAAGAUCUUGAGUGCUCUUUUGUAACUGAACAAGCUCCAGCGUGUGCAAACGCAGAGCGACGUCAUUUUCUCUCCAGCGUGCACAGUGCUGGUGCUAGCUCUUCUACACCUGUUGCUCAAAGGACAAACAGCCUCAACGCAGAACCAAUGAGACAGCAGAGGAGGAUGCAGCCCCAGUGGAACGAAGCAUCAACAGACUUUAAUCCCUCACAGCAAAUGCAGCAGUCAUUGUUUUCGCAGCAGAGAUCAGAGAGGAUGAACCAGCAAAGGUUACUUUUUCCUGUAUCACCUCCAAAAAAUUCAGUAACUCAAGACUGUCCCACACUCUCAUACAAUAUUCUUAACCAUAACCGCAACAGAGGCGUCUUUACAGUGGACGAUACAAAUUUAGGUAGAGCAACGUCACCUCAGAGGAGAAAGCCCGUAAAAGAGAAGUGGUUCAUUUGUUCGUUCUGUGGAAAAAGUUUUGACCGCUUCAGCCACCUUCAGAUGCAUCAACGAAUUCACACUGGAGAGAAGCCCUUCAGCUGUAGCACCUGCGGGAAAAGUUUCUCCCAGCAAAGUAACUUACGCACACACCAAAGAACCCACAGAGAUGUCCGGUUACCUCAAACUAAAGCUUUUUAAAAUGGGAAAACAAGAGAAAAACGAUAGAAAACUUGUACACUGAAGUGUAGUUUUUAUUCCUUAUAAGGAAACCCAACCCUGUCAUUUUGGUUUUUCCAAUUUUAGAUGUGUCUUUUUAUUUUUACAAUUAACAAAAAGUUGACAACUUUUGUCCAGCUGUCAUUACAAAAUGUACAGAAAAAUACACCAAAAAAAAGAAAUAUUGUUUUCUUUGUUUUUGUCUCAUGUUCAUUUUCUCAUAUUUACAUAAACAAAUCUUUCACAAUCAGAAAUAACAGUUGAAUACUCAGGCAGGGGUCACCAAUCUUAUCCACAAAUGACCAGUGUGGCUGCAGGUUUUCAUUCCAACCAAGCAUGAGCUCACCUCAACUAACCAAUUGUUUACAGACACGUAAGACCACGUGGACCAAGUGGAAUCAAAUCUGCUUUUUGAUUGUAAUGAAAAUCUGCAGCCUCACCAGCCCUUUGUGGAUAAGAUUGGUGGCCCCUGCUCUACGAUAAUGACAAACAGAAACUUGGUUGCCAAACUCAGCAGUGUAGUUGAAACUAAACCCCAAAUUGAAGAUUUAGGUGGCAAUUACUUAGUAAUACAGAACUGGAAAUCAGAAUACACUGAGGUACUUAACACAGAGAAUACACAGUGCUCAAAAGUAGGACAUCUGUACCAUCAUUUUUUAAAGAAUUAUUAUUUAAGUUGCUAAUGUAUUAUGGAAAUUGUUUUACUGUAUUCUAAAGUACGAUAUUUAAGCUAUAUCGUAACUUUAAGUCAAUACGUUGGGUUACAGGGAACAAUAGCAAACUAGAAGACUUUCACUUAAAUAUAAUGGGUGGUUAGGUGAAAGUUUGCACCUAACCACCUAUUUUACUUAAGUAAAAAAAA